AUGCGCGCCGCACCCGAGAGCAGACCUCCACGCCCGCCCCCCGUCCGCGACGGGCUCCUCCACGCACAAAAUUGCCGCCCAUGCGACCAGUGCCGGCGCCAAAAUACGCCCACUCGCACUCACCAUGCUCGCUACGACCCUGCCAGAUCGCAGGGCUGCAUCCUUGCCCUCAAGAAUAUCGUAACGACCGGCGGCGCCUUGCGGCUGCUGAACGCUGUCUACGACGUAUCCGUGCUUCUCUCGGACGUGGCCAUUUAUAGAUCCUCACCCACCCCGACCCGUUUCUCGCAUCUCCUUGUCCUCUUCUACGACUCCCCGAUGACGUUCCUAACGCACACCGCCGUCCGCGACGACGACGGCGCACCCUUGCUGCUGUAUUAUUAG